UCCACCUAAUAGGACGCUGUUUACUCCAUGCAGUAGGAUUUGUCCACAUUAUUUUAUUCCAACCACGCCAAAGUUCAAGAACUGUAGCAUCAAAUAGCAUAAAUGGAGUGCAAGGACUGGGAUGUGCCAGAUAAACCAGAGACAUUGGUAGCCAAUCUCGCAAGAAAACAAAAUGGACUUGACGAUUUUGCUUGUCGUGGUAGUUUUCAUCACAUCGUCAUUGUAUUGGGCAGUUAAAAAACCUAAACAUCUUCCGCCAUCCCCUGGUAUAGCUCUGCCUGUUGUCGGCCAUUUGUAUUUGAUGGAGCGAGACCCAAGACAACAGUUUAAAAAAUGGUCUCAAAAACUUGGCGAUGUCUUCAGUUUAAAGUUAGGGCAAGAAACAGUCGUCGUUUUGAAUUCUUUUGAGGUAAUAAAGGAAGCGUUUGUUAAACUCGGUGACUGUUUUUCAAAUAGAUCAGAAACAGCUUUUGUUGUUAAAAACGUACCACAUAUGGAUAAAGGUGUAACUCUUUCUUCUGGUGAAUACUGGAAAGAACAAAGAACAGUUUCACUUUCAAUUCUGAAAAAAUUCGGACUGGGGAAAAAUUCUUUGGUUGAAAUGAUAACAGAAGAUGUUAAUGCUUUUAUGGAUGAGAUCGCGAAAGAAAAUGGCAGACCGAUUAAGAUCCGGGGAAUAAUCAACGUUAGCGUUUCAAAUAUUAUUUGUUCAAUUAUUUUCGGACAAAAAUUUGAGUUUAAUGAUCCUAAAUUUAAACGUUUAAUCGUGCUGGUAAACGAGUUUGUUCGUCUGAAUUCUGGAGUCUCGCGCCUCAAUUUUCUUCCUUUAUUAAAAUAUCUGCCAAAAUACAAGCGUAGCGGAGAAAAGCUGGUAUCUACAGCAAUAGAGCUGCGAGAAUUUUCCACUUUUAUGGUGAAAGAAAUCACUAGAAAUUACAAUCCGAAUAGUCUUGACAAUUACAUCUUAGAGUAUGUCCACGAGAUAGAGAAGAACGAUCGCUUGAAACAGUCAACAUAUUUAGACGAGGUCAGCCUUAUUCGAAACAUUGAAAACCUGUUUGUAGCCGGCACUGAAACCACGAGCAGUACCAUUUUGUGGAGUCUGUAUUUUGUCUUACACAAUCCACAAAUACAGGAUAAAAUUUACCAGGAGAUUAAAGAAUAUAUUGGGUUAGACCGCGUGCCCAACAUGUCUGAUAAACCACAGCUCAAGUAUUUGAACGCUUUCAUCAUGGAGGCCCAGAGAAUGGGCAACCUUGUGCCGUUUGGAAUCACGCACGUGUGCGCGCAUGACACGGUUCUAAAAGGUUUCACUAUCCCAGAAGGCGCUCAGGUCAUUCCAAAUUUAGACGCUGUUCUCAAAGACGAAAAAAUCUGGGGAGAUCCUGAGAAUUUCCGACCUGAAAGAUUUCUGGACGAACAAGGAAAUUUGAUAAAGAGAGAAGAAUUCAUACCGUUUUCUAUUGGUCGUAGAAAGUGUCUUGGAGAGUCUCUAGUAAAGAUGGAACUGUUCUUGUUCCUGUCGUCCAUGUUUCAGAGGUUCGAGUUCCUGCCUGUUGACCCAAACCACCCUCCUGCCUUUAGAGAAAUUUUUGGUCUGGUUGUUUCCCCUGCACCUUUUGACAUCAGAUGCGUGGACAGACGUCAGAAGCUACAAUAG